AUGGAAAACAUCGUGGAUUGCGACAUUAUCGCAGAGGAGGCCAACAAACCACAGGUUUUACCUACUUUAGUCACGUUUGCGGCCAGCAGCCAGGAGCAGGAAGAUGAGGAGUUGAGCUCUGAAGACAAUGCUAACGCCAACAAGGGCGAGGGAGAGUUUCAGGUGACUGAAAUGAGUGACAAAAGCACUGCAAUCCUGUUGAGUGAGGAGGAAUUGGUAGACCUCUUAAAGAAAGAAGCAGAAGAAGAGCAGGAAACAGAAGAAAGAGUGCUGGAGGAAGAAGCAGAAGCAGUGGAGAUGGACAAAGGCAAGGGGGAGUCUGUGGAGGUCAGUGAGGAUGAGGUAGCCGAAGUGGAGGAGAAGAAGCUGGGGGACAAACUAGAAGUGGAGGAAGAUGCCAAAGAGGUGGCAGAUGAGGAAGAAGACAUCAAGGAAGAGAGUGUGGAAGAUGCUGAAAUGCUGGAGAAGGAAGAGGUGGUGGUGGGACAGAUGUCACAUGAGGAAAAGGAGUCUGUUGAAAUAAUAGCUGACAGAGGGGAGCGAGAGGCAUUGCUGGAGGAAACAGAUGGUAGCACAGAGUCAGAGAUCCCAGUUGAUCUUGACUACGCUGCUGACAGUGGCAUCUUACAACCUCUACAGAUUGUAUCUGCUAACAUAAAACCCCACACUGAUGCCGACCAGCCUCUGUCGAAAACAGAUGUUAAAGACAAGGAAACCAGCAAGAAAGCACUGCCCACCAUUGCUGAUGACUACAAACAAGACAUGCAAAACACUGAAGCAGCGGACAGCGAAGAAGCGUCUGAUCAGGACAUGGACAAAGAUUCACAGGCCAAAUCUACAGAAAUCAGUGUUGACGAAAAAGAACCUGAAGCAAAUGUUGAACCCCAAGAACCGAAGAGCAGUGGAGAGUUUGAAUUGGGGUCCCGACUGGCUGGAAAGGAGGAAGAGAAAAGUAAGAAUGACAGUGGAAUUCACACCAAGGGAAAGGCAAGGAAGCAAAAGAAGAACCAGAGGGCAAGGAAGCACUCUCCACAGAGUGAAGAGACACCAUCUAGACAGGAACAGAGCCAACAGGAUCCUUCGGAGUCUGAGGGCAGCAGCACUGACAAUACAGUCCACAAGGCAAAGAGAAGAAGGGCCGGAAAAUGGGGUCCUUUAGUAGGAAUGAAUCCAGUGCAGAUAAGAGCCACGGUGGAUCUCUACCCCAGUUCCAGGUCCUCUCUCAGUGGAGGCGUACACCACCCCGAAGCCCCUGCUGAUCCAUGUGACAAAUUUCCCUGCAAACGUGGAAAGACGUGUAAACUUGAUGUGGACAAGAAACCAGGCUGUGUGUGUCAAGAGCCGUCAGAAUGUCCUCCCAGCGUGAAUGAGUUUGAUCACGUUUGUGGAACAGACAACAAAACAUAUGAUACGUCAUGUGAACUCUUUGCUACUAAAUGCAACCUGGAGGGCACUAAGAGAGGGCACAGACUUCAUCUGGACUAUACAGGGCCAUGCAAAUUCAUAGCUCCAUGUUUGGACACUGAGCUGAUCCAGUUCCCUCUACGAAUGAGGGAUUGGCUGAAAAAUGUGCUGCUGCAGCUGUAUGACCAUGACUCCGUUUCUCCUGGCUUCCUCACUCCUAAACAGCGUUUUAGAGUGAAGAAAAUCUUUGAGAGCGAGAGGCGUCUUCAUGCUGGUGAUCACUCUGUUGAGCUGCUCGCACAGGACUUUGAGAAGAACUACAACAUGUACAUCUACCCAGUGCACUGGCAGUUUGCUCAACUGGACCAACACCCCUCUGACAGAUUCUUGUCCCACUCGGAGCUAGCCCCACUUCGAGUCCCUCUGGUGCCGAUGGAGCACUGCACCUCCCGCUUCUUCCAAGAGUGUGACGCUGACAAGGAUAAGCAGGUGUCCUUUAAAGAAUGGACUUCCUGUUUUGGUAUCAAGAAUGAGGACAUGGAUGUCAACCUGUUAUUCUGAGCAACAUUUUGUUCCUUAUCUCCUACACAAGCUCAUUAAAGCUGCCCCAACAGUGUAGUUUGAGACAGAAGCCUCUGUGAACCUCUGUAAUAUGAAGGAACUCUGACACAUGAAAGAUGAAAGAAACUCCUCCUCCUGCUAUAGAGGGCAAGUGUUGGUGGUCAUUGCUGUUAUUUUGUGUCACGCUAAGCUUGGACAUUCUGAUCUUUGUUCUUAGAUAUUAGAAUAUAAGAAAGAAUUAUUUUUAGCUGGUUUUAUCCAGAAACUGUUUUCUAAUGCAUUCCAAAACUGGGGGAAAGUUUACAUCGGCUCAUUAGUAGAAAAGGUGUUGUAUAUAGUUCCAGCAUUCAAAAGAACUGUGGUUUGUAUGUUAGAGUGAUUUAGUGUAGAAUUACUCUCUAAAUCAAGGUUAAGUUACAGUGGUGAUGUAAAACCAUAACUGUGUUUCUUGUCUUUGUACCAAUUGCUGUAAAUGUUUCUCUUUACAUCCAAUGUUUCAUUGUAGCUCUCAUUAAAGCUUUAUUGACAGCAAUGGACUUCACAAUAUCAUGAGCAGAAUAUUUCACUGCACCCUGUUGUUUUUCUACAGCCCUGAAAUAAAGUU